CUCAAAUAACAGCCCAUAUAGAUAUAUUUAAAAUCAAAAAUUCAUUCCUAACCCUAAAUUUCUACCGCCUGGCAGCUCACACCUCACGGCGCCACCAGAGCAGAUAAGAAAAAAAAAAGGAAGUUUAGUUGUCUAAGACCGAAUAUUUUGGAACAAUGGCAAGUGCAAAAACAGUCAAGGAUGUUUCUCCACACGAGUUCAUCCAGGCAUACGCUGCCCAUCUAAAGCGAUCGGGCAAGGUUGAGCUUCCAGAGUACACUGAUCUUGUAAAGACUGCAAGAUUCAAGGAGUUGGCUCCAUAUGAUCCAGAUUGGUACUAUGUGAGAGCUGCCUCUGUUGCCAGGAAGAUCUACCUGAGAGGUGGUCUUGGUGUUGGUUCAUUUCGGAGGAUCUAUGGUGGGAGCAAGAGGAAUGGAAGUCGUCCUCCUCACUUCUGCAGGAGCAGCGGCGCUGUUCUUAGGCACAUACUGCAACAACUGCAAAAGACAAACAUCCUUGACAUUGAUCCCAAGGGAGGAAGGAAAAUUACUUCCAAUGGUCGAAGGGAUCUUGACCAAGUUGCAGGAAGGAUUCUCAUUGCUCCAUGAGCUUUUCUUUAGGUUUAUGUCUUGAUUUGGUUUUUGAGACAUGUUUUGAAACAUGGUGAUUCUUUAUUUUCUGAGUUCAUGUGAUCUCAGUUGUUAAUCAAGUAUGUAAAGUAGCAGCACAUGAAUGUUUCUGACUUGAGGCUUUGAAGUUUUGACUUUCUGAGUAAUGUUAAACUUGGUGGCAUUUUUUGUUUUUA